UUUUUAAUCAUUUGUCGAAUUCUGAAAUCUCGAUGUCAGUGUCUGAAGGCAUUUGAUCGCCUAUGCAUAAUUUUCAAAAAAUACUUUAAAGCAAACCUUUAUGAUCUAAUAAUCCACGAAAUGGGUGGAAAUACUAGUAGAACAAGAAAGAUAACAAUAGAAAAUGAUAAUGCAGCUAAUGUUAUAAAAGUAUCUGAUGAUGUUGUCGAACGCCUUAAAGGAAAGCAGAAACAGGUAAGAAGCCAAGAGCCAGAAGAUUCAACAUUAUCCGCAUCAAAUAACGUUUCGAUUCUUGGAGUUCCUUUAUUUCUACAAGAACCUAGUCUAACCUCACUUCAAAUUCGACAGCAAAAAUUGGAAGAAUUGAAGAAAAAUGAUGAAUAUUGGGAGAAUAGAAUAAAAAAUUUGGAAGAUUGUCAUAGGAAAAUAAACGAUAUUAUGGAAGAUGAAUACAAGAAGACGUUGGAUAACAAGAAGGUACCAUUGAAGGAUACAAAAGAAAUCUCUAAACUUUUACCCCCAUGCCAUGAGGUGCAACUGGAAGUUAUAGCCUGUUAUAAGCAGAAUGCGAAGAAUCCAAUGAACUGUUCAAAUAUAGUGCAAGCUUUUCAAGAUUGUGUAGAUGAGAAGAGGACUGAUAUAAUGGCAGGAAGAUGUUGAACAUAAUGAAUUAUUGGGAAGAAUGUAAUAGAUUAAACAAAUACAGAAAUAUGUAUUUA